CCACACAUUUCCAUUCAUUUCAAUUCCCAUUUCGGCUCUAGCAACACCUUUUCCUCGCUCGCUCGAUUUUGUGUGUAGACUCAUUGUCUAUCUGGGAAAUCCACAUCAACUACUUCGAAAUCCAAAAAUGUGCGGUGGCUGGGCCUGUUGUUCAUAUGGACUUGCCUGUUGCAAUCCUCCGCUAUCGACGCUGCGUUAUACAGGACGUAACUUCACACCAACACCUUGUGGACCCUACGACAACUGUUCGCCCUGUUGCGGUGGCUCUUGCGGCGGUGGCGGUUGUUGCUGAUGACGUACAAUUAACUACCUGGAAUGCCUAAGAUAAGGGAAUGAAGUUGCUACAGAAACGAGUGGCUGAGAGAUGUGUGUUAAAUUAAUAGUCCCAACUAUUAUUCAGUCUUCCUUUGGUCGUUGUCAGCUGAUGAGUUUCAGCAAAAUAUUUUAUUCACUAUUUACAGGGAUUUUAUCAUUUUAUUUGCACUUAUGUGCGGGGCUGAGCUUAUCCUUCUAUAAUUCAUUGUCUACGCUAAGGUUUAUCGGAGAUAAUAAACAGGCACGGUGUGGACCCGAUGAUCCUUCGAUGUAUGCUCUGAAUCUGGUAGUCCCUGGGGAAAAAUAUAAUUCGUGAUAUGAAUGACUGUGAGUGAAAGAUGUCUUGAGCAAAGCAUCUGACUCAUGGAGACAUGAUCUAACAAAUUUCACGAUGCUGACAAUUGACUCGAAUAUUUAACAUGAAAUUUUACAGAAUCCAGUUUUCCAAAAUUUGAAAUAUUUCAAUAAAAAUAAACCCGUUUAUUCCUUCCACCCAA